AUGUACCUAUAGUCAAAAUUUAGUAUGACGAUUUUUUUUUCUGUCCGUCAAGAAAACAGUGACAACUCGUUCAACUCUUUUUGGCAAAGUUUUUAUACUACCUAAUUAGUUAGGCCCUCGAAGAAAAAAAUAGUGCAAUUGUACACGUUAAAUCGAAGAAUUUCGUCAUCAUGCCUAUCAUUGGUAUCAGCAGCAAUUUCAACAAGCUGCUUGAAAAAGCUACGAGCAAUCUGAAUCUUGAACCCGAGUGGCCGACUAUCCUGAGCAUUUGCGAUCUUAUACGUCAGGGUGACGUGAGUCCAAAAAAUGCUCUUGUAGCCAUCAACAAAAAAAUAACUCAUGAAAAUCCACACACUGCUGGAUUUGGUUUACUGGUUUUGGAAUCUUGCGUGAAAAAUUGUGGUUCUCCAAUCCACGAUGAAGUUUGCACCAAGCAGUACAUGGAACAGCUCAAGGAGAUAGCCAAGACAACGCAGCAGGAAUCUGUGAGGAAAAAAAUUCUCGAACUUAUACAAGCUUGGGCUUAUGCUUUCCGAGAUUCUCCAAAAUAUAGAGCAGUACAGGACACUAUGAGAAUCAUGAAAGCUGAAAACUUUGAGUUUCCAGCUCUGCAAGAGAGCGAUGCUAUGUUCUCCGCUGACAUUGCUCCAGAAUGGGUCGAUGGUGACAAGUGUCAUCGUUGUAGAGUAGCUUUUAAUACUUUUAAUCGCAAGCAUCAUUGCCGAGCUUGCGGACAAGUGUUUUGUAGUCAGUGCUCGGGAAAAUUUUCAACCAUACCCAAGUAUGGCAUUGAAAAAGAAGUUCGUGUGUGCAACACUUGCUAUGAUCAAGUCAACAAGCCUGUUGUCGUAACGUCAAAACCAGAAACAGACUUGCCCAUAGAGUAUCUCACAAGUUCUUUGGCGCAACAGCAACAGGUGCCACCAAAAAAAACCGAGGAAGAGUUACGCGAAGAAGAAGAACUGCAGAUUGCUUUAGCUCUAAGCCAAAGUGAAGCUGAACACAAAGAGAAAGAAAAAAAGCGUGCCACAAGUGCCAUAAUAUCAAAUUCAACUGCUUUUACGAAAAUACAUUAUUCCCCGCCUCCCUCUCCAGAACCAAGUCCUAAAAUCAUUCAGGAAGAGGAGGAAGUAGAUCCUGAACUUGCAAAAUAUCUGAACCGUCAAUAUUGGGAACAGCGCCAGUCCGCUUUGGAAGAACAAACCGCAAGAUUGAAUGUAACGAGUCCGUCGGCGCCAAACAUCGGCAGCAGUCCAAUGCCGCAAAAAGUAAUUGCCAUCAAACAGCAAAAUGGCGAGGUAGAUCCCGAGAUGAAGAGUUUUGUUGAGAAUCUACGAUCGCAGGUCGAAAUUUUUGUGAAUCGUAUGAAAAGCGACUCAUCCCGAGGACGAUCCAUUGCCAACGACAGUUCCGUCCAAACGCUCUUUAUGAACAUCACUGCUUUGCAUUCGCGGCUUUUGAAAUACAUUCAAGAUCAGGAGGACAAUAGAGUGUAUUACGAGGGUCUUCAGGACAAGUUGACACAAAUAAAGGAUGCCAGAGGUGCGCUGGACGCGUUGCGCGAGGAACAUCGCUUGGCGCUGCUGCGCGAGAAACAAGAAGCUGAGAGAAAAAAGCAAAUGCAAAUGGCUCAGAAACUAGAAAUCAUGCGCAAAAAGAAGCAAGAGUAUUUGCAGUAUCAACGCGAAUUGGCUCUGAGAAAUAUCCAGGAACAAGAACGAGAGAUGCAGAUGCGCCAGGAGCAACAGAAACAGCAAUAUAAACAAUUGGCAGGGGGAUUUCAAUCGAUUCCCGGUUUUAUGGGCCCGCCAAACCAAGGUUCUCCGGUGCGACAGAUGCAAUUUUCGGCAGGCCCAGAGAGCCAACGACAGCAGCAGCCCCUUCUCGGUCUACGUGUGCAAUAA